AUGGUCCACACAGAACCGGCCCGGAAAUGGAUAGGAGAGCACGAGGUCCGCUUCGAAGGCGCCCUCGCGUACAACGAAAGCGGCAAACUUUUCAUAGAGUCCAGCCAGGGAGGGGAGGAGUGGAUUGGCCAGCCCACGCCGGAGAUGGACGCGCUGUGGGAUCGUGUGGAAGCAGGCUCGAUGGUCCUACUUGAAGGCUCAGAAGCCGAUAUGGUGCGGGACAGAACGAUGCUUUUCGACGGGUAUUGGGUGACUGGCCUAGAUGUGAUACAUCAAAUGCACUGCCUGAAUAAGGUGCGGAAAGCCCUGUACCCAGAGUACUACCAGCCGGAGCAGUCAGCUCGCACAGAAAAUCUUCACGUUGAGCACUGCUUCGACUACAUUCGCCAAGCUGUCAUGUGCAAUGCUGACAUAUCGCCUGUCACGCAUAUCUGGUAUCCGAGUGCGCAGACAUUUGGCCCGGAUUUCCGCACCACGCAUACAUGUCGGAACUUUGAUGCGCUCUUGCAGUGGUCCCUUGCGAGGACGACGGAGGCAGUCAAAGGGAAAGGUACUGGCAUGGAAAAGGCUCGAGAUCCUCAGUCUGUGAUGCCGGUGAGCCUACAGGGGUCGAAAAGUAUGAAUCAUGAAAAUCACGCAGGCCAUGCAGGACACUGA